UCUCAACUUUCCUGUCUUCUCGUGGAUGUAGAGCACACGAGCAGAAAAUCAAGUCGGCAUUCCAUUGGAUAUUUUAAUCACCCACAAAACUCUCGUGGCUGUUUACAGUACAGGCUCGUGCACGAUGGAACUUUACGCGUGUCUCAUUCUCUUCGUUUUAUUGACAGGUGCGCGAGGAGUCGAUCAACACGCGCUGUCGUACGCGUUAACACCGGAACUCUCGGAGGAUGCGAUAUUGGUGGCGAACAAUGGUAUACACGUGCCUUUUGGGAGAUCGGUGUACAUCGAUCCCGUGAACGAUUUGGUCAUUGAAGUUCAACCGGGUGAUAGGUGCAGUAUCACAGUGCUGGAUAACGACCCGCUGUCUCAGAGACCGGGGCAUCUCUCACCCAAAAAGUUCCCGUGUGAAUUUGGUCCAAACGAUGUCAAGUACACUCAUUUUGGCUCUAGGAGCCCUGCAGAGGACAGGGUGAAGCUACAACUCAGGUACGACACUCAGACUGAAACUAUCAUUAUCCCGUUUAUGUUAGAGGUUGCGGUUGUGUUCACACAAUUGGAGAUAGUGACGAAACACAUGCCACUAACUGUUGAUAAACAACAUGGUACUAGUAACCGUAUUGACCAAAAAGUACUAGAAUUUACCUAUGAUAAGGAUUCUGAAAAAUGUGAAGUCACAUCAUUGGUUACCAGCAGUGCUUUACCUAGAUAUGGCAAAGUUGUUGAUGAAAGCAAAUUGGAAAAGAUGAUGGACUGUGAGCAGUUUCUUAAAUCGGAUAUCCGGUAUGAGCACACAUCUACCCAUAAGUCUCCUAAUAAGGAUUACAUCCCGAUGGUUGUGGAGCUUCGUAACAAAGAAAACAAUUUACUGAAGCAGGAGUUUUUUCACGUGAUGAUCCGGAUUAAAGACGGUGUGGAAAACACUCCACCCAGACCCAGUUUUGUGUCAAUGAUGAUGAUGGAGGUUGAUCAGUUUGUUAUGACAGCUUUAACUCCUGAUAUGCUGGCGGCCGAAGAUACAGAAUCCAAUCCUGGUGAUCUUAUUUUCAACAUCACCUCACCGUUGUCAUUCGAGGAGGGUUAUAUUGUGAGUACAGAUGAUAGAAAUCUACCCAUCACUUCGUUUUAUCAAAAGGAUUUGACAGAAUUAAAAAUUGCAUACAAACCUCCAUCUCUGGACUCGGAGACCGAGCGGAUCUUUCAGAUAGAGUUUGAAGUCAUAGACACAGAUGGUGGCAUUUCAGAUCCAUUUGCAUUCAUGAUUGUUGUCAAGCCUAUGAACACUUUAGCACCAGUUGUGACUAAGAAUACCGGUCAGCUUUUGUAUGAAGGCCAGUCUAGGUCUUUGUUCACUCAGAACAAUUUAGAAGUAAGUGAUGAGGACAACCUGGACAGUGUAAAGAUAACUGUGGUUGAUGGUCUGCGUCACGGUCAGUUAUCUCUGCUGGGCACCAACAGAAAGUAUUUUACUCCCGCUGACCUUGAAGUCGGCAUUGUGGUUUACCAACACGAUGGAAGUGACACAUACAGUGAUAAUAUCAUUUUCAGGAUGUCCGAUGGCAAGCAUGAAGUUGAGUUUUUGUUCCCCAUCACAAUCGUACCCACAGACGAUGAGCCACCCAUUAUAAAUGCAAACACAGGGCUGAUUUUAUUCAAAAACCAAAUGGUACCCAUCACACAGCUCAUGCUCAGCGCAGCAGAUAUUGACUCUGAAGAUUCCACCAUUAGAUUUAGCCUUCAGCCUCCACUUUCAGAUAUCGGAGAGGUCCUCAUGAGGCAAUCCGAAGCUCCAGAGGACCCGACUUCAUGGAAAUUUAAUGCAGAAGAUGGCGUUUAUGAGAAAGUAGUGACAGAGUGGCUUCAGAAAGACAUUACAGACGAAAAGCUCUUUUAUAAGCACACGGGUCCACACAUCACAGAAGCAAUUACUGAUCAGUUUGUGUUUAAAGUACAAGAUGAUGCCGAUCCUCCCAACCACUCUGGUGAGAAUUCAUUUGUUAUUAAAAUUCUGCCUAUCGACGACGUUCCACCUGUGCUGUUUCCAGGCACUACUUUGCAGAUGAUGGUGCAUGAAUAUCAGUUGACUCAUUUUAGCAAAAUUGUCCUGCGUUACACAGACCUGGAUUCAGAGGAUCGCGACCUGAAAUAUACAAUAACUGUGCCGCCAACUGACACAGAUGAGAAUAAUCCAGUUAGAUUCGGAUCUAUCGUUUUAACGGAAAGCUCUGCUAGUGAAGUAACAGAAUUUACUCAAGCACAAGUUAACCAUCAUAAGAUUUCCUAUAGCCCACCAGACCAUGAGCUUGGCAUCACACCCCAUGUGGUGCAGUUUCAUUUCAAAGUAGAAGACACUGCUGGAAACAGCGUUGAUGGUGUUUUUACCAUUUUUCUGCAGCCGGUAAACAACAAACCCCCACAGAUAACGAAUACAGGCUUCGCCGUACUCGAGAGGGGGGUGCACAUCAUUGCAAGUGCCGAACUUGACGCGAAUGACCUUGACACUGAUAAGGAGUUCAUUUUAUUUACAGUAAGUCAACUUCCAGUGCACGGUCACAUUCAACAUACACUUACUAAUUUGAAAAAAGGAAGUAGUUUCAAUCUGAUGGACAUCUCUGACGGCAAAGUAUCAUAUGUUCACAAUGGUGAUGAAAUAACAAGUGACUCUUUCAUAUUAGAAAUUACCGAUGGUGUUCACGUCGUGCCGAUCAUCGUGAAGAUAGUGGUGAAGCCCAUUGAUGAUGAAACACCAACGCUUACCAAAGGCACACUUGGCACACACUUGGAUGUGUUGGAAAACGGUGCCACGGAAAUAACCUCCAACGUCAUCCAGGGAAAAGAUGAGGACACUGAUGACCUCAGACUGACUUUCAUUGUGGAGGAGGCUCCUAAGUUCGGAGACAUUCUUGUAAAUGGGGUUUCCUCGAACAUGUUCACCCAAGCUGAUGUGAUCAGCGGUCUGGUUGUGUAUGCUCACACAAGCGGUGAGAUUGGUCUGACCUCGAUAGAGGAUGUUUUUAAUCUAACCCUGUCAGACAUGUCUGAUGAAUGGAACAUUGGGGGUAACAAAAUAAUUGGAGUCCGGGUUCACGUCACCAUUCUCCCUGUAGAUAACCAAACUCCAGUGGUCAUAGUCGGCCCUACUUUGAAUGUUUUUGAGGGGGAUAAAAAAGUUGUUAGUAGGGAGCAGAUAACAGUUGAGGACGGUGACACGCCAAUUGAUGACAUCCUGUGCACCAUCGUUAUUCAGCCCGCAUCAGGAUAUGUGGAGAACAUCUCUCCAGCACCGGGCUCUGAGAAGUCAAGAUCAGGAACAGCACUAAGUGCUUUCACCAUAAGAGAUGUAAAUGAAGGUCAUAUUUAUUAUGUCCAAAGCAUACAUAAAGGAGUGGAGCCAGUGGAGGACAGGUUCAUGUUUAGAUGCUCCGAUGGUGUGAAUUUCUCAGAGGGACAAAUCUUACCUAUCGUCAUUAUUCCAACCAAUGAUGAGAAACCUGAGAUGUUUAUGAGAGAGUUUGUUGUAAUGGAGGGCAUGAAUAUUAUCAUAGACACGCCCCUUUUGAACGGAAUUGAUGCUGAUGUUCCUGCAGACGAGUUGACGUUUAUUAUCACCAAACCUCCAAACCAUGGGUUCAUUCUCAAUCAGCAAACAACUGGCCCCGUCCCAGUAACAAAUUUCACUCUUGAACAAAUCAAAGAAGGUUCUACCAUCAUUUAUGACCAUGAUGAUUCUGAAACCACAGAGGACAAGUUUGACAUCCGACUUACAGACGGAAAACAUUCAGUCAAUGGCACUGUCAUGAUAAUGAUUAUUCCUGUAGAUGAUGAAACUCCAAGGCUAGCCAUUAAUGAUGGACUUGAAAUUGAGAUUGGAGAAACAAAAGAAAUAAAUAGUAAGGUACUAAAAGCCACUGAUCUGGAUUCAGAUGACGAGUCCCUCACUUUUAUCAUUCGCUAUGGCCCCGGACAAGGCUUCCUUUAUAGAAAAACACCAGGUGAUGUUAAUAAAAGAUCUGUUGGAUCUAUAGAGAACAUCACUGUUGGCAUGAACUUUACACAAAGAGAGGUGAACCAAGGUCUCAUUUUAUACACUCACAAUGGCCAGGAAGGCAUUCGUGACCUUGUCAAGUUUGAUGUAACAGAUGGGAUCAACCCUCUUAUUGACAGAUACUUCUACAUUACAGUGGGUAGCAUUGAUAUGGUAUUUCCUGAUGUUAUCAGUAAGGGAGUGUCACUAAAAGAAGGUGGCAGGGUAACACUCACUACAAACCUCCUCAGCACUAGUGAUCUUAACAGCCCUGAUGAAAACUUAGUCUUCACCAUCACAAGAGCCCCAGUUAGGGGUCAUUUGGAAAGCACAGACACGCCAGGCAUGCCAAUAGUGUCCUUUACCCAACUACAGCUAGCUGGGAGCAAAAUCUACUACAUUCACACUGCGGAUGAUGAAGUCAAGAUGGACAGCUUUGAGUUUGAGGUCACCGAUGGCUACAACCCCGUGUUUCGUACUUUCCGUGUAUCAAUUGUCGAUGUUGACAAUAAAAAGCCAGUACUGACAGUUCACGACCUUAAAGUGACAGAGGGACAGACAAAACUUAUUACACCCUUCGAGUUGACCGUUGAGGAUCAAGAUACGGCCGAGCACCUUUUGAAGUUUACAGUCACCCAGCUUCCUAUUCACGGGAAACUGCUUUACAAUGGCAGCCAACCGGUUAUGUCCUUCACGAAGCAGGACCUAAAUGAGAACAUGAUUAGCUACAAGCACGAUGGCACCGAGUCUAAAACCGAUAGCUUUUCCUUUAAAGUCACGGAUGGAACACACUCAGACUUUUAUGUUUUCCCUGACACAGUAUUUGAAACACAAAGUCCUCAAACCAUGAAGAUCACCAUUGUGUCUGUAGACAACGGCAUACCGCAGAUUGUGGUCAACAAAGACGCUCCGACUUUAAAGAUCUUGUCCACAGGCCACUUAGGUUAUCAUAUCACAAGCAAAGUCCUAAAGGCGGUGGACAGGGACAGCAGUCCUGAGGCUUUGGUCUUUCACAUCACCACACAGCCAGAACACGGCUACCUGAGCAACCUGUACAAAGGCAAUGAAUCUAUCGACACCUUUACCCAAGCUGACAUAGAUGAUCUUAAGAUUUGCUAUAUCCUGAAAGACAACAAUAACGCCACCCGUGACCACUUCAGCUUCACGGUAGAAGACAGUGGAAAAAACAAACUGAAGGACCAGCAGUUUCGUCUAAACUGGGCUUGGAUUUCUCUGGAGAAGCCAAACUACUUUGUGGAUGAGCAGGACAAAGUUCUCGAGGUUGUCCUACGACGACGAGGUUUCCUUGGAGAAACUUCUUUUGUUGGUAUUGGGACUCUGGAUGGCAGUGCUGAGAAGGGGAAGGAUUUUCUGGGGAAAUCUCAGAAGCAGGUGCAGUUUAACCCCGGCCAAAGCACAGCCACGUGGACGGUGAAGGUUCUCCCAGAUGGGAAAUAUGAGCAGUCAGAGAAUUUCCAGAUUAUCCUGACUGAGCCGGUUAUGGGUGCUCUGGAGUCCCCAGCAACAGCCAUGGUUGAGAUUGUGGAUCCAGGAGAUGAAUCCACAGUGUUCUUUCCUCAAGCCAGCUUUGCAGUAGAAGAGGAUGUCGGUGAACUCCUGAUCCCUGUGCGCAGGAGGGGAGAUGUCAGCGAGGAACUUAUGGUGGUCUGUCACACCCAGCAAGGGUCCGCCACUGGGACCGUUCCCACCUCGGUUCUGUCAUAUUCUGACUACAUAUCCCGUCCGGAGGAGCAGGCCAGUGUUCUGCGCUUUGAUAAAGAUGAAACAGAGAAGCACUGUCGUGUGGUGAUCAUCGACGACUCGCUGUAUGAGGGAGAGGAGAGUUUUAACAUCACUCUUAGCAUGCCUGUGGGAGGACGACUGGGACCAGAAUAUCAGACCACUCGUGUCCAUAUACUGCCAGAUCAGGAUGACGCUCCUGUGUUUUACUUUGGCAAUCAGGAGUAUCAUGUCGACGAGAGCGGCGGUCACAUUGAGGUGCGUGUGUGGAGAACAGGGACGGAUCUCUCAAAAACAGCUACGGUCACUGUGAGAUCCCGUAAAACAGUUCCUGUGUCUGCAGAAGCGGGGUCGGAUUAUGUGGGAAUUAGCAGAAACUUGGACUUUGCACCAGGAGUGGACGUGAAGACAGUUCGGGUCACCAUCCUGGAUGAUCUUGGCCAGCCGGUUUUGGAAGGGACGGAGAGAUUCGAGCUCGUACUCCGGAUGCCCUCCAACGGAGUUCUGGGAGAGCCGGCGAAAGCCACAAUCUUUAUUAAUGAUUCAGUUUCAGACUUACCGAAGGUAGAGUUCAAACAAGCUGUCUUAACUGCAGAGGAGAGUGAAGGUCAAAUCUCAGUAGUGAUUCACCGCAGCGGCGACAUUAGACACAAGUCCACUGUACGCUGCUACACGCGGCAGGGCUCAGCACAGGUGGCGUCUGACUUUGAUGAGAGACCCAACACUGACACCUCCAUCAUUACUUUCCUGCCUGGUGAGGCUGACAAACCAUGUGUGUUAAAACUGGUGGAUGAUCUAAUUUAUGAGGAAGAAGAGGAACUGCGCCUAGUUCUGGGUAGUGCAAAGAGCGACUCACCAUACGGGGCAUCCAUAGGCAUUCAAAAUGAGACGCUCAUCAAGAUCAAAGACAGCUCUGACAAGCCCAUCAUCAAGUUUUCCGAGACCAAGUUCAGCGUCAGCGAACCGAAAGAGUCAGGCCAGGUGACGCUGGUGAAAAUACCCAUCCGCCGGACAGGAGACGCUUCGAGAGUAUCCCUGGUCAGGGUUCACACCAAGGACGGCUCGGCUGUAUCCGGAGAAGACUACCAUCCCAUCUCUCAGGACGUCGAGUUUAAAGCGGGUGAGAUCGAACACGUAGUGGAGGUGGAGGUCCUGUUUGAUGGUGUUAAAGAGAUGAGAGAAGCUUUCACGGUUCACCUGAAACCAGACGAGAACAUGAUUGCUGAAACACAGAUGACUAAAGUCAUAGUGUACAUUGAGGAGGGUAACAGUAUAGCUGACGUCACGUUCCCCUCAUUGCCUCACGUUGUGUCUCUGCUGCACUAUGAUGAUGUUCGUAGAACCAAAGAGAAUUCUCAACCACCCGCCGGCUACCCCGUCAUCUGUGUUACGGCCUGCAACCCCAAAUAUCCUGACUAUGACAAAACUGGUUCCAUCUGCGUAAGCGAACACAUCAACGACACCCUGACCCGUUACCGAUGGCUCAUCAGCGCCCCCAGUGGUCCAGAUGGUGUCACCAGCCCAAUGAAAGAGGUUGAUUUCGACACCUACUUUACCUCCUCCAAAAUAAUCACUUUAGACUCCAUUUAUUUCCAAGCGGGCUCGAGAGUGCAGUGCGCGGCCCGAGCUGUGAAUUCGAACGGGGAUGAGGGACUUGAACUCGGCAGUCCCAUUGUGACUAUUAGCAAGGAAGAAGGGAUGUGCCAGCCACGUAAAUUGGGCACAGUGGGCGCUGAGCCCUUUUCUGCCAAACUGCGUUACACGGGCGCCGAAGACCCCGGAUAUGCCAAUCUCAUCAAGCUUACUGUCACCAUGCCCCAUAUAGACGGCAUGCUUCCUGUCGUCUCCACACGUGCUUUAUCCAAUUUCGAGCUGACACUCAGUCCCGACGGCACUCGGGUGGGAAACCACAAAUGCUCCAAUCUGCUGGACUUCAACGAGGUCUCGACGCGCCACGGCUUCCUGACCAAUGCCACACAAAACAUUGAGAGCGCCGGAGAUACUCUGCCGUAUCAGUACAGCGUGGCUCUCAGGGGCCAGAGCACGCUGCGCUACUACAGGAACCUGAAUUUGGAGGCUUGUCUGUGGGAGUUUGUGAGUUAUUAUGACAUGUCUGAACUCCUCACAGACUGCGGGGGAAGCAUCGGAACAGAUGGGCAGGUGCUGAACCUGGUGCAGUCGUACGUGACCCUGCGAGUUCCUCUCUAUGUCUCAUAUGUGUUUCAUUCGCCUGUGGGCGCUGGAGGCUGGCAACACUUUGACCUGCAUUCUGAACUGCGGCUCACCUUCGUAUACGACACUGCCAUCUUGUGGAAAGAUGGUGUCGGCAGCCCUCCGCAGGCAGAACUACAGGGAGCCUUAUAUCCAACCAGCAUGAGGAUUAAUGAUCAGGGAAGACUUGUGGUGAACUUCCGCACUGAAGCUCGCUUUAGGGGCCUGUUUGUGGCAGUACAUCAUGCAGCAAAUCCGAGGGGUCUAAAAUCUGCAGGUAGGGUCAAACGAGAAUCCCUUGUGACGUCCAUGGUGUUGAGUGCAGAUCGCCCGGGUUUGACCUUUAACCUCACUCUGAUAAGGACCGAGCCCACUUACAACCAACCUGUCCAGCAGUGGAUGUUCAUAUCAGACUUUGCUGUUCGAGAUUAUUCAGGCACAUACGCAAUCAAAUUGAUCCCCUGUACAACAGCGCUGAAUGUCGAAUACUCUGUUCCUCCCGUCUGCAAUCCCAGAGAGCCUGUUACUUUUGAUCUGGAUAUCCGCUUUCAGCAGGUGAGUGACCCUGUUGCAGUGGAGUUCAGUCUUAACACACAAUUAUUCCUGUUGUCUAAGAAAGCAUUGUGGCUGUCGGAUGGAUCUAUGGGCUUUGGUCAGGAAAGUGACGCAGCAUUUUCUGAGGGUGACACAGUCUAUGGACGGGUGAUGGUUGACCCUGUUCAGAACCUAGGAGACUCUUUCCACUGUAACAUUGAGAAGGUGUAUCUGUGCACUGGAGCUGACGGAUACGUACCGAAAUACAACCCCACCAGAUCUGAGUUUGGAUGCCUUGCAGACUCACCAUCCCUGCUUUACAGAUUCAAAGUCAUUGACAAAUCACAGCCAGAGACUCAGGCCAAGAGUUUCGGGGAUGUGGAUUUCAACGCCCUGCUUGCUGUGGAUGACCCCUCUGCCAUCUCUCUGGUGAAGCAGCCAGGAUCUGAUGGAUUCAGGAUGAACUCCACUCCUCUAUUUCAGGUGGCAGUAGGGAGGGAGUGGUACAUUCACACCAUCUACACAGUCCGUUCAAAAGACAAUGCCAAGCGUGCCAUUGGUAAACGUAGUGUAGAGUACCACUCGAUGACAUCCAGUGACCUUCUACCAGCGGAAACCAGGAGCCGCUUCAAACGGUCCACCGGUGGUGACGUCCCAGCACUGGCAGAGGAUAUCGGACCUGAGAACAACCGAGGAACAAACAUCAUGCACAUUGCACUGGACCGUACCCGUCGGCGUGCUGAAUCUGGGGAGGAGCUGUUCGCAGAUGGAUUGUCUCCGAGGGAGCUCAGUGGGGGAGAUUCAGAAGAAAAGGCAGUAACUGUGGCAGGAGCCCUCAUAGGGCUGUUUCUCACCAUCCUUGUUGUCGUGGCAUCCAUGCUGAUGGUUCGCUCAAGGCGGACGCCUGCGAAAAAAGCCCCAAGAGUCUCCUCUAGCCUGCAGCCUGUUAUAGUUAGCAGUAGUUUUGAUAAUGGUGACAGUUCGGAGGUCUGACGGACUAAUGGAGUACAAUUUGUCAUAUAGUAAAUAAACUGGAUGUCUCGUUUUAUUUGUUUUAAACAAGUGCCUCUGACCAUUUUUACUUUUUAGGAUUAGUUUCCCAAAAAUGAACACACUGUCAUUAUUUACUCACUCACCAUAUGCUUUUGCAAGGUGUUUACUGACAAACUUCUCUUUCUGCCAAAGCUGAAGAUUUUUUUACCUUUCUGUUGGACAGAAAUAAAUGAAAGGGGGGAAAUUAAUAACGUAAUUUUAGGGUCUACUUUCCCUUUAAAGGGACACUUCACUUUUUUGAAAAUAUGCUAAUUUUCCAGCUCCCCUAGAGUUAAACAUUUGAUUUUUACCGUUUUGCAAUCCAUUCAGCUGAUCUCUGGGUCUGGCGCUACCACUUUUAGCAUAGCUUAGCAUAAUCCAUUGAAUCUGAUUAGACCAUUAGCUUCGUGCUCAAAAGUAAUAUUUAAAACUUGACUGUAGUGUAGUUACAUCGUGUACUAAGACCGACAGAAAAUUAAAAGUUGUGCUUUUCUAGGCCGAUAUGGCUAGUCCCCUUCGUUACUUUUAAUAGCAGGGGACUAUUUUCGAGUACUGCGUAAUAUCAUUGCACCUCCUGCAACCAUGUUACGGCAGCAAAGUCCUUGAUUAUUAUGCCAGAAUGAGAGUAUAGUUCCUAGCCAUAUCAGCCUAGAAAAUCACAACUUUUAAUUUGCUGUUGGUCUUAGUACACGAUGUAACUACAGAAGAGUCAAGUAUUAAA